AUGCCGUUUCAGAGUCAAUUCUCGCUGUCCCUUGAGCUCACAAAGCUCAUACCUAUGGGUUCAGCGGCCGCUGGGAAAACGUACGAGGCUGCGAUGAGCCUUGCAAGAGAUCUUCAGAGUUCUGGAUCAGAUAUCGUCGUCGAAGAAGAUCUUGCCGAGCUUUUUGGGCAAUCACGUAUUACCAGGCAAAUGGCUUCAACUUUUCGCACCGUCGUCUCAAAAGCAAAGCCCCCACAAAAACUUUGUGAAGGAAUAGCCUUGUGUGAUGGUCCAGGACCGACUGUUAUCCGAGCUCUUACACAAGACACGUAUUUCUCAAUGGUGUUACAAUGUUCGUUUCUGCUCUGUGUUCAUGAGAAAAGCUCGCUUGCUGCAGCCAUCGCGUAUCAUUUCGAGAAACAAGCUCAACAUGUUCCAGAAGGACGAGCUGUAAGACCGACUCCAAGCCGAGACGGUAUUCGAGGCUUUUUACAAGCAUGUGAAGAUCAGACUUCAUCUUUCAACUGGCAAAACGUUCUUCUGGCUGUUGGUGCAACACUUGGAAUCUCUGGAAAGGCCAUGUACGUUAUGCCCCGUGUCACACUCUUUACGCAAGCAUCCCACGACUCUUCGCCCUAA